AUGUCCCACCAGGAGUUGGCUCCGUGGCAGACAAAGGACACGCUUUCGGCUGGCCUGGAAACACCUCGGUCUUCUCUUGGACAAGCUGGAGGAAGUUGCGAGGGAGAGCGAGUCUCAGUUUUUAAAGGAGUGAAUCUCAACUGUGAGACCAACAACACUGAACAUCACACCAAAAAAAUCUCAAAGGAUGAGCUGAUUGUGAGGUUCCAGCUCCAUUCCUCAAUGAAGCCUGAACUCUCUACGAUGAUCCCAGGCUGCUUGUUGGACCCGGCCGGAGAAAAUCCAUCUGAGGACCUCGGGACAAAGUCAUGCUUUGGUAUCCCUGACAAAAUCCAGCGUUCACCGUCAGCAGAGGCAGUGUGGAAGGUGGAGCUGGAGAAGAGAUCCUACCCACUAACAGGCUCCUUAAAUUUGACCAUUACCCCUCCAGCUGACGCUCCAAUCGGAGAGUACAACUUAACUACCAGAUAUAGGGACGAGGAAACACUGUUGGCAAAUCUGGUAGUGCUCUUCAAUCCCUGGUGUCCUGAUCCCUGUCUCUCUUUAGAUGAUUCAGUGUCUAUCUGUGAUGAGGCAGAGACACAGGAGUAUGUGAUGAAUGAACAUGGCAUAAUCUACAAAGGAAGUGGGGACUACCUCAUAUCUAUUCACUGGGACUUUGGGCAGUUUGAAGAGGACAUGGCAAAAAUUUGUCUGAAGAUCUUAGAUGUCAACCCAAAGCACCUGGAAAACCCAGCUAAGGAUGCUUCUGCUCACUGUAACCCCAUCUAUCUCAGCCGUGUGGUCAGCGCCAUGAUCAACAGUGGAGAUGAAUAUGGCUUCCUGGGGGGACGGUGGGCAGGUCCAUUUUGGGGUGGGGAUGAACCCUCUCACUGGUCUGGCAGCUAUCACAUCCUGAAGCGCUGGCACAACAUCAGCUGCCACCCAGUUAAAUAUGGACAGUGCUGGGUAUUUGCUGGCGUGAUGUGUUCAGUAAUGCGUCUGUUGGGCAUCCCAUGCCGUGUGGUCACCAACUAUCAGUCAGCUCAUGACAGCAACAAGAAUCUGAUCAUUGAUGUGUACCAUGCUGACUAUGGGGUCAGAGAGAAAGAGACCAAGGACAGUGUCUGGGAAGAUGACACAAGCUCAUAUGGCUUAUAUUGAGAAA